CCAAUUGGCGCUAGCGGUGACGUCCCGCCGCACGAUUGGUCAAUUUGACUACGUGCUCUAUUUGAAUGGAUAGCGAGCGUUAGCGGGUUUUUUUUUUUUAAGACUGAUUUUGGGUUGAGAUUACGCUUCGUAAAUUGGGCCGUGCAGAGGAACUAGUUGGAUCCAAAAGCCCUUCCACAUACUGAUUCAUAGUGACUGUAGGAUAUUAUAGAAGCCCGUGUCGCCAUGGAAGAUACACAGGACACCUACAGCUACGACGCCCCUUCUAUUUUCAACUUUAGCUCAUUUCAUGAGGAUCACAACGCUGACUCCUGGUUCGACCAAGUGACCAAUGCAGAAAAUAUUCCCCCUGACCAGAGACGGCUCUCUGAGACUUCUGUGAAUACUGAGCAAAAUUCAAAGGUGGAACCAGUACAGACCACCCCUUCAAAGGAUGAUGUCUCCAAUAGUGCUACACAUGUUUGUGAUGUGAAAUCUCAGUCAAAGAGGUCAUCCAGGCGGAUGUCUAAGAAGCAUCGGCAGAAGCUUCUCGUAAAAAUGAAAGACACACACCUGGAAAAAGAGACUGCACCACCGGAAUACCCACCGUGCAAAAAAUUAAAGGGGUCCAGUUCUAAAGGCAGACAUGCUCCAGUAAUCAAGAGCCAAUCCACAAGCAGCCAUCACAGCAUGACCUCUCCAAAACCGAAAGCCCAACUGACCAUGCCCUCAACUCCAACCGUACUGAAGAGAAGGAAUGUGCUUGUAAAGGCUAAAAACUCAGAAGAACAGGAGCUUGAGAAAAUGCAAGAACUUCAGAAGGAAAUGCUAGAGAAUCUCAAGAAAAAUGAGCAUUCCAUGAAAGUUGCCAUAACUGGAGCAGGUCAACCAGUGAAGACCUUCAUUCCAGUUACAAAACCAGUGGAUUUUCACUUUAAAACGGACGACCGUCUCAAGCGCACUGCCAAUCAGCCAGAGGGGGAUGGCUAUAAAGCGGUGGACUUUGCUUCGGAGCUAAGAAAACACCCACCAUCACCAGUUCAAGUUACCAAAGGAGGGCACACUGUUCCGAAACCCUUCAACCUGUCCAAGGGCAAACGUAAGCAUGAGGAGGCUUCAGAUUACGUCUCCACUGCUGAGCAGGUUAUUGCCUUCUACAAAAGAACUCCAGCACGUUAUCACCUGCGCAGCCGCCAGAGGGAGAUGGAGGGACCCUCCCCAGUGAAGAUGAUCAAAACAAAACUGACCAACCCAAAGACCCCACUGCUCCAAACCAAAGGGCGUCAUCGGCCAGUCACGUGUAAAAGUGCUGCAGAGCUGGAAGCUGAGGAACUGGAGAUGAUAAAUCAGUACAAGUUUAAGGCUCAGGAACUGGACACUAGAAUCCUGGAAGGGGGUCCAGUCCUCCUUAAGAAGCCCCUUGUUAAGGAACCCACUAAAGCCAUUGGUUUUGACUUGGAAAUAGAGAAGAGAAUCCAACAGCGGGAGAAGAAAGAAGAAAUUGAAGAAGAGACUUUCACUUUCCACUCUAGACCUUGCCCUUCCAAAAUGCUGACCGAUGUGGUGGGUGUCCCGCUGAAGAAGCUGCUCCCAGUGACAGUGCCUCAGUCUCCUGCUUUUGCUCUGAAGAACAGAGUACGCAUUCCGGCCCAGGAAGAGAAGGAAGAGAUGGUGCCAGUUAUCAAAGCCACUCGUAUGCCACACUAUGGGGUCCCAUUCAAGCCCAAGCUCGUAGAACAGCGACAAGUGGACGUUUGUCCCUUUUCCUUUUGUGACAGAGACAAGGAGCGACAACUGCAGAAAGAGAAGCGAUUGGAUGAACUGCGCAAAGAUGAGGUCCCUAAAUUCAAGGCUCAGCCGCUACCACAGUUCGAUAACAUCCGUCUUCCUGAAAAGAAGGUGAAGAUGCCGACCCAGCAGGAGCCAUUUGACCUCGAGAUUGAGAAACGCGGAGCCUCCAAAUUGCAGCGGUGGCAGCAGCAGAUCCAAGAGGAGCUGAAGCAGCAAAAAGAAAUGGUUGUGUUCAAGGCACGGCCCAACACUGUUGUCCACCAAGAACCCUUUGUUCCCAAGAAGGAAAAUAGGAGUCUUACAGAGAGCCUUUCUGGUUCCAUAGUUCAAGAAGGCUUUGAGCUGGCUACAGCAAAACGGGCCAAAGAGCGCCAGGAGUUUGACAAGUGCUUGGCAGAGACGGAAGCUCAGAAGAGCCUUUUGGAAGAGGAGAUUCGAAAGCGACGGGAAGAGGAGGAAAAGGAAGAGAUCAGUCAGCUGAGGCAAGAGCUGGUGCACAAGGCCAAGCCUAUCAGGAAGUACAGAGCUGUGGAAGUUAAAGCCAGUGACGUCCCACUUACCGUCCCCAGAUCCCCCAACUUCUCGGACAGGUUUAAGUGUUGAUUCGUUUUCCUGUGUCACAGCCAAAGCCAGUUUUCUGGGUGUGGUUGCCUGUUCAUGCCCUGGACCAUAUAGUCUGUUGAACAAAACUGUGUCCUUUUAAAUAGUGGAGUUGACGCAGGGGCAAGUGUCUGCUCAUUGGGGUUUUGUAAAUACUAGAUAUUAAUGGCCUGGAGGGGCCUGUUUUUAGGUCUUCCAUGUGAAUACGUUAUGCUUUUAUUAUGCCCUGUAAUAAACUGUGUAAAUGUAAA